AUCCAACACGACCGAACAUUUAAGUUAGUUUUACUUUAAAACCGCUGCUAAUAAUUUCGGGUGGAAUAAUAUCUCACUGUGUUGUUUUCUACCUUUUAGCAAAUCGGCUAAGUUCAUCAUGGUUCGAACACAACGGAAGAAAAAAUUCAAGAGGACUAAAAAGGAGACCCGAUAUGACGAGGAUGAUCCUGAAGCAUACAAGGACAUGCCAGUCCCUGAUAAGAAGUCGUCAGAGUUCACAAAGGACAAGAUUGACGAGUUCCACAAUGAGAAGAUCGCUAAACUUCUCGCCCGUGGAGUUCAAAUGGAGAGUGAUGAAGAGGAGCCGGACGAUGAGGAAGAGGUGAUGCCUCUCGACGAGUCAGAAACAGAGGAGGAAGAAGAAGAAGAAGAAGAGGGGACAGAUAUGGAAAGUGACUUGGAACAGAAAAAAGAUGAAGAUCUUCCCAAUGAGMUGGCGUGGGGCACCAAGAAGAAAAUGUUUUAUGACUCAGAUUAUGUAGCCACCAAAGGUAAAUCACGCGAAGAGCUGGAGGCCGAGGAGCAGGAGGAAGAAGAAGAGGCAAAAAAUAUCCAGAAACGUUUAGCUGCAAAUCUGAGUGAAGAAGACUACGAUUUAAACUUUUUUCAGGAGUUUGCAGUAGAGGAGAAGGAUGAAAGCAAGCCUGCAGAGAAACAAGAGAGGAUUGUUAAAGACUUAAAGCAAAUGUCCAAGAAAGAAAAAAUCAAGCUUUUGAAAAAGGAGUCACCAGAGCUGCUUGAACUUAUUCAGGACUUUAAAGCAAAGCUCCGUGAGCUGAAAAAGGAGCUGCAGCCCCUCAUGGAGCUGGUCAGGAAUGGAAAGAUCCCACCAGGAAAGGGUGCAGACUAUCUCAGGACAAAACAGCAACUUUAUCUCAAUUACUGCACAAACAUCAGUUUUUACUUGGUCCUAAAAGCCAAACGAAUCCCUGCACAUAACCACCCUGUGAUUGAACGGCUGUUAUCCUACAGAAACCUCAUCAAUGAACUUGGGACAGUUGAUGCUCGGUUAGCUCCAGAGUUUCGCAAACUACUAGCUGUCAACGACAAAGGGAAAACUACCAGCAAAACAUCAGAUGGAAAGAAAACCAAAUUAUUCAGUAAAAAAGAUAAGAACUCCGGAGAAACUCUGUCCGAUGAUGAAGACUCCGAGUCUGAACUGGAUGAAGAAGCUGCUUUGAGUUUCUACAGAGAAGUGGAGGAACGGGCAAAGUUAAAGAGGAAGAGAAAAGAACCAGAAGCUGAGGAGUUGGAGGAGGACAACGAGGAGACGGAGGAGCUGGAUCCAGAUGGGAAGAGAGGAAUUACUUACCAGAUGGCUAAAAACAAGGGGCUUACAGCAAAGAGGAAGAAAAUCGAUCGUAAUCCCAGAGUCAAGCACAGAGAAAAGUACAGACGCGCUAAAAUCCGCAGAAAGGGCCAGGUUCGAGAAGUUCGUCGGGAGGAGAAGAGAUACAGCGGGGAGAUGUCUGGUAUUCGUGCUGGUGUCAAAAAGAGCAUCAAACUUAAAUAACCAGGAACGAGUUCAUGACAUGCUUUUAAAAUAUACUCUUGAAAAAUAUCAGUUGAUUAUAAACCUAAAUGUUUAUUAUUAUUGAAACUUUUAUAUAGCAGUGUACAUCUUGAAAUGCUUUUCUGAUAAUGUGAGUAAACGUUUUAAAAUCUGUCAA